UUGUCACCUUGGGGACUAUUGAAAACAUAGAUACUGAGCGUGGUUGGCAAUAUCUAAGUUGCAAAUACCACAACAAAAAAGUUAUGCCUACAACCAAUGUUGAUGAUGACAACCGUCCUUUGUUCUACUGUAAUACAUGUGAUAAAGAACACAUUGAUGUCAUUCCGAGGUUUAAAUUAAUUGUCCACGUUAAAGAUGAUACCGGUGAGGCAAACUUUCUUUUGUUUGAUGGCAAUGCUCAAGUGCUUGUGCGUCGUUCUGCCGCUGAACUCUAUGAUGAGAAUCUAGAUGAAGACUUGUUACCAGAAGCUGUUAGCGACCUUUUUGGCAAAAGAAUCCUUUUUGAGGUUUCAGUGGAUGCUGAUAACAUCAAAGGAAAGAGCUCUCAUUAUGUUGUUCGAAUUGCUACUGCUGAUCGUGAACUGAUUGAGGAAUUUGCUGCUUUGCCAGUUAAACAGGUCCUAAUGCUGCAGUCUUCAGAUGAUAUUUCUUCUGGUUCAGGUGGUUUAUCAGGAACUCCAUUGUCUAAAAGAAAAAGCCAAGAUGAACAACAAAGUAGCCUAGAUGAUCAACAUUCCGUGAACAAGAAACUUUUUCUAAAGAAAGUCAAGGGAGAGUAACAUAGCUAAUGUUACCGAUACUUAAUCAGACGUAUCUUUCUACUAUCGUGGCUUUGUUUUUCUUUUUAUUUUUUAUGAAACUGUUUUACGAAUAUUGCAUUAUAUCAUUGAGGUUCUUACUAUUUUUCUAUCCAAGGAUUGGAUAAAUCUUACUAUUCAUGGUUUAAUAUUUAGUUAGUACGAGAUUUAACUUGAAGAUUGAAG